UAGGCAGUCUACUCCUGCCCUGUAGACGAAGAAGACGCUGGUUGUUUCUGGUUGAACAGCUGGGCUUUCUGACACAACUAAUCAUUUAUGGUUCCACAAUACUGCGAUUAGACCCGAUCAGGUUAACAUCUCCACCUCGGCACUGUGUCCGUAUUUCACGGGUUUAAAACUGCUUUCUCCUUUAAAGCCCACGAUGUGCAGUGCUGUACAGACAGAAACCUCUAUGACUUCAGCUACAGGCUCAUCAGGCUCUGGGGGUCACUUUAGCCCUGAGGGCCAACUGAAUGGAGGAUUUCAAAAGCAGCUUAUAAAAGAAGAACCUGAAGAUGAAGACUACCAUGCUGAGAAGACAUCAAGUUGUGUGGGACAUGUCACCCCUGUGGAGCAACAGAAUGAAGGGUUUCAUGAGAAGCUUGUAAAAGAAGAACCUGAAGAUGUAGAUUACCUCUGUGGUGAGACAUCAAGCUGUGUGGUUCAUCUGACCCUUGUGGACCAUCAGACUGAAGAAUUCCAUGAAAAGUCUUUAAAAGAAGAAGAACCUAAUGAAGACAACAAUCUCUACUGUGAAUAUUGUAGAUCCUUCUUCAUCAACAAGUGUGAGAUACACGGUCCAGCUCUCUUCCUUCCUGAUACCCCUUUCCCUAGAGGGGUUUCAGACCGAGCUAGACAAACCCUUCCCCCUGGUCUUGAGCUUCAGAAAUCUGAUAUUCCUGAUGCAGGACUUGGAGUGUUUAAUAAGGGGGACACUGUUCCAGUUGGUGCUCACUUUGGGCCUUACCAGGGAGAGCUGGUAGGCAAAGAAGAAGCCAUGGCUAGUAGCUACUCUUGGGUGAUUUACAAGAGCAGGCAUUUUGAGAAGUAUAUAGAUGCUAGGAGAUUGACCCAUGCAAAUUGGAUGAGGUAUGUGAAUUGUGCUCAUAGUAAUAAAGAGAAUAAUCUGGUGGCUUUCCAGUAUCAAGGAGAGAUUUUCUACCGCUGCUGUCGACCCAUCAAACCAAGACAGGAACUUUUGGUGUGGUAUGAAGAGAAGUACGCUAAAGAUCUUGGUGUCAUCUUCAACUACAUCUGGAACAAAAAAUGCUCCAUAAGCGAAACCAGUGGUUACCCAGUGAAAAGUUUCUCUUGCUCAUGGUGUUCACUUUUCCAUACGUCACAAAUUGACCUUUAUAAACAUAUCAAGAGAUGCCACGAUGAGGAAAACGUGAGCCUGAUGAAUUCAGAAGAAAUAAAACACAAAACUCCAAAAACCACAAGAAUCUCUACCAAUAAGCACAGACGUACUGGCUCUCACAUUAAGACCUCUCGCAGGCUGAAAGAAAUUUACUGCUGCUCACAGUGUGGGAAACGUUUUGCUGGACAGUGCCAUCUGAAACAACACCAGCGCAUUCACACAGGAGAAAGGCCGUUUCACUGCUUACAGUGUGGGAAGCGUUUUGCUCGACAGAGUCAUCUUCAAGCACAUCAGACCAUUCACACAGGAGAGAAAAUGUUUUCAUGCUCACAGUGUGGGAAACGCUUUAAUCGUGAGAGUACUCUCCAGCGGCACAGACGCAUUCACACAGGAGAAAAGCCGUAUCAUUGCUCAGAGUGUGGGAAAAGGUUUACUUACCAGAAUGCGCUCCAGCGGCAUCAGCGUGUUCAUACUGGAGAAAAGCCCUACAUCUGCUCAGAAUGUGGGAAGAGAUUUACUUACCAGAAUGCGCUCCAACGACAUCAGCGUGUUCAUACUGGAGAAAAGCCGUACAUCUGCUCAGAGUGUGGGAAGAGCUUUAGCCAACCAAAUUCUCUCCAACUCCAUCAGCUCAUUCACACAGGAGAUAGGCCGUAUCCCUGCUUACAGUGUGGGAAGGUUUUUCUUCAGCAGAAUACUCUGCAAAUCCAUCAGCGCAUCCACACAGGAGAGAGGCCAUUUCACUGCGGACAGUGUGGAAAGAGCUUUAAUCAGGAAAGUGCUCUUCAACGGCACCAGCGCACUCAUACAGGAGAGAGGCCGUAUCACUGCUCGCAGUGUGGGAAGAGUUUUGCUCGACUGUGUCAUCUCAAACGGCAUGAACAUAUUCACACAGGGGAGAAGCCGUAUCAGUGCUCACAGUGUGGGAAGCAUUUUAAUAGAGAGAGUACUCUCCAACGGCACCAGCACACACACACUGGACAGAAGCUGUUUAUCUGCUCAGAGUGUGGAAAGAGUUUUACACGACAGAGUAAUCUCAAAAUACACCAGCGAAUUCACACAGAAGAGAAGCAGUAGCACUUCUAGCAAUGUGAAACGAGUUUCACUCAGCAGAAUAGUCUGCAGUCCACCAGCACAUUCAUACAGCAGAGAAGCCAUAUACCUGCUCAGAGUGUGAGAAGAGUUUUAGCCAAACAAAUUCUCUCCAAAUCCAUCAGCUGAUUCACACAGGAGAGAAGCCAUAUCCAUGCUCACAGUGUGGGAAGAGUUUUAUUUUAUGCUUUAACGUCAUCAGCACAUCCACAUAGGAUAAAUGUAGUGUUGCUCCUAAAAUUUGGGUCGGUCUUCAGACAGACCUUUGUAAUACCAGCGGGGAAAAUUGGUGUCACUUUGUGUUGCAAUAAUCUGUGUAAAUGGUUAGAAAAAGAAAAAGAUCAACUACUAUAACUAGUUACAUCAAAUGUUUUUAAUGUUUUUUGUUUGUUUGCUUUGGUUUACCAAAUAUAUAAAUUAAUUCCAUGUAAUUUUGUCUUUUAAUAUUUUCCCCUGGCUUGGCUAAAUUAGCACUUUAUUUUUAAAAAUGAAGUUGUUGUCUGCGUGCUUUUCUUACUAUAGUACCUCUCCAACCGGGGUUUUAGACUGCUAGUGCUCUUACUCUGUGACCCAAUGAACCAGUAUUAGGUUUUUAUCAUCAAGUUAUAUUACAUUACGAUUUGUAUUUAUUGAUGAAGACUUCAAAGCACUUCUGUAAGUGGCUCUGUAUAAGCGCGUCUGCCAAAUGCCGUAAAUGUAAAAGCUUGUCGUUGUUCGAACCGGGGACCGGAUCAUUGUGAAUGUUUGACGUCUUUAGUCAAUCACAUUUUUUGUGUGUAUUUUAAAUGGUCUAUUUAUGCUGUGGAAUUUUUUAAUUUUUCAAAAAUAAUUUAAAUAAAUACUUGUGACCUUGAAGUAAUGCAACAUUAUUGUAAUAUAUACUGAUUAUCUGAAGUCUUUAAUCUACAGAAAUGUACUGGGAACUGAAAUGCCAUCAAGAUUCAUUUGUAUCAAAUUAAUUUGCCCAUAAUUUGCACCAGUUUAUUUUAGGCACACAUAUUGUUACUCAUAUGUUUCCUAAUUCUUGAUCUGAUGCCAAAUUAAAGGGCAUGGCAACGUAGAAGCACCUUUUUUGUUGUUGUUUUUUAACAUUAAAGUAAUUAAGUAUGAGAAAGUAGCUGGUGU